GUCAGCUGGUUAAAAUGGACCUUGUCCCUACUCUGAGCCCUAGAUCACUUAUCCAACUAUGGAGGCUGCUACAGUGGAAGAUGCAUCUCAGGGGUGUAAUGUGCCUCUUAUCCGUUCUCUGUCCGGUAGAUCUUCAGGACACAGCCUCGUUAACUCAGAAGUUUACAUUUAACCCAAAGCUGGGCAUUGACAAUCCUGUUCUCUCCUUGGCCGAAGACCAGGACCACUCUGAUCUCUGGAAACUGGAGAGGCCUCGAUUCUGUCUGCUGAGCAAAGAGGAGGGCAAAAGUUUUGGUUUCCACCUGCAGCAGCAGCUAGGCAGGGUUGGCCAUGUGGUGUGCAGAGUGGAGCCAGGCACUUCUGCCCAGCGCCAGGGGCUCCGAGAAGGAGAUCGGAUCCUGGCCGUGAACAAUGAUGUCGUGGAACAUGAGGACUAUGUGGUGGUAGUGCGUUACAUCCGGGCCAGCGGUCCUAGGGUGUUGCUUACAGUCUUGGCGCAGCAUGUGCACGAUGUGGCCCGAGCUCAGCAAGGAAACGAUACCCAACUCUGUCCUCCCCUAAACUUGAGGGUCCGGCCCAGGCUGUGCCACAUAGUGAAAGACGAAGGUGGCUUUGGUUUUAGCGUCACCCAUGGAGCUCGGGGUCCUUUCUGGCUGGUGCUCAGUGCAGGAGGAGCAGCUGAGCGGGCAGGGGUGCCCCCUGGGGCGCGUCUGCUGGAAGUGAAUGGGAUCAGCGUGGAGAAGUUCACUUCCAACCAGCUUAACAGGAAGCUUUGGCAGAGUGGAGAUCAGGUGACCCUGCUGGUGGCAGGCCCAGAAGUGGAGGAAGAGUGUCGAAAGCUGGGGAUGCCCCUGGCUCCACCUCUAGCAGAGGGCUGGGCACUGCCUGCCAGGCCCCGAUGUCUGCAUCUAGAGAAGGGGCCUCAGGGAUUUGGGUUCCUGCUCCGGGAGGAGAAGGGCCUUAAUGGUCACCAUGGACAGUUCUUGUGGGAGGUGGACCCAGGACUGCCAGCCGAGAAGGCCGGGAUGCAGGCUGGAGACCGGCUGUUGGCUGUGGCUGGGGAGAGCGUGGAGGGACUGGGCCACGAGGAAACAGUGUCCCGGAUCCGAGCACAGGGCUCUUGUGUCUCCCUCGUUGUCAUCAACCCUGAGGCCGAUCGCUUUUUCAGCAUGGUUCGCCUGUCUCCCCUCCUCUUCUUGGAGAGCACAGAGACCAUUUCCUCACCCCAGGCUGUGUCCUUGCCUUCUCUAGUGGAGACCGAGGACCCUCCAGUUGAAGGCACAGCUGAGCCUCCUGGCCCCAUUGGCCCCCGCCAGUGCUUCCUGUACCCUGGGCCUGGUGGUGGCUAUGGCUUCCGACUCUGCUGUGUGGCCAGUGGACCUUCUCUCUUCAUCUCCUAGGUGACCCCUGGAGGCUCUGCUGCCCGAGCAGGGCUGCAAAUGGGAGAUGAAAUUCUGGAGGUGAAUGGGUAUCCUGUGGGUGGAGACAGUGGCCUGGAAAGACUUCAGCAGCUGACGGAGGCUGAGCCACCCCUCUGCCUGAAGCUGGCAGCCAGAUCUAAGCAGGGCUUGGAAGCCUGGAUUUCCACAGAGUCUGAUGAGGACUGGACUCGGGCUUCAGAGCUGCUAUAGGCACCUGUACUUGGCGAGGAUCUGCUGGGUGGCUUUCCUGCAUUUGCUGUGCAGCCUCACGUGCAGGGAGCAGGGAUGAUCUUUCUAAGCCUGAAGUGGGAGAUGAAGGACUUAGACACCACCAACCACAAGAUUGCCCAGGGAUUCCCUUGCUGCCCACGGGGCCUAAAGGGUAAAGGGUGCGGACAGUUCUCAAGCAGGCCCAUGAGGGAGCCUGGGGCGCCACAGGUUGUUACAUGGGAGCCUUGCAGAGCUGCACCCCAAGGAUGAAGUUCUACCUGAGGAGAUGCUGUGGGGCUGUCCAGUACUGAAGUGACUGGGAACUUGCCAGAGGUAUGACUCCACUGUAAUAUAGCACAAGGAUUUGGACACCAGCUAUAUUCUCCUAUGAACAGCUUAGAAUUGUGGAAGCUGGUGCCUGGUCACUGUAAUUAAUAUCCUGUUAUAUAAAUAGGCUUUCCUUAUA